AUGGCCUGCUCUAGGCUCCUGGUUGUUGUGCCCCCUGAGGGCAGUGAUUGGGUAAACGCGAGCAACUUAAUACCCCUGGACCACCAGACAGGACCCCAGGCGCAGCACCGCCCAGGGCACCGCUGCAGCGAUGCCCCUUCUCAGCCCCGCCGGCUUUCGCCCCCACAGGGGAUGGAGGGGAAGUGGGGCCCCACUAGGCAGACAGCGCAGCUUGCCUUGGUUAUUGGGGGCAUCACUGGAGGCCUGCUGCUGGUACUACUGAUCGGGGUGAGCUGCUGCCUGUGGAGAAGGCUUUGUGUCACCUUCAUCUAUGAGGAGCUACCAGAAUCACCAGCCACGACCACCACUGCUGCCUCCAACAGCCAGGGGGACAGGCUCUGCCAGCCACAUGAGGGGGCCCAGCCAAGCAGGCCUCCAGGUGUGCCAUUUGUGGUGCCUCCUUCUCUCCAAGGCCGAGACUGGGUACCCCUGGACAGCCAAGAUAGGGCUCAGGCCUCACAGGACCCCUGCCUGGCCCCUGAGCUCCCAUCUCACACCUCCACUGACUAUCUUGGUGCAAAGGCACAUGUGAUGGGAGCCAUCAAUCCAGAACUGUACAGGUUCCCUGAGGACACGAAUGAGACCCACUUCCCGCCUGGCUGCCUGGGCAGGCUGUGGAACUCCAUGGAAUAUCAGUGGGAAGCAGGGCAGCUGCUGGUAGGCCUGAUCAAGGCCUGGCAGCUGCAAACCCCUUCCGAGACCUGCAACCCCCUGGUGAAGCUCCACCUACUACCAGAUGAGCAGCACUUCCUUCAAUCUAAGACCAAACUCAAAAUUUCCAACCCGCAGUUCCACAAACACUUCAUCUUCCAGGUGUCCGGCAAGAGCAUCACCCAGAGAGUGCUGAGGUUCUCGGUGUACCAUGCUGAUGAGCAGAGGAAACACCAGCCCCUAGGUCACAUGCUGUUCCCGCUGGAAAGCGAGACCCAGGCCAGUGACUGCCACAGGAUCCUCUGGAGAGACCUGGAGGCUGACAGCCUGGAGCCUCCCUCCGAGUUCAGCGACCUCCAGUUCUGCCUCUGCUACAAUGACUACCUGAGCCGCCUCACUGUGGUUGUACUGUGUGUUAAGGGCCUCCAGCUCUGGCUCUGGCUCCGGGAGCACAGAGGUGUUGUCAGUGUGUUUGUCAAAUGGUCUCUGAUGAACCACAGCAAAUUUGUCAAUUGCAAGAAGACUUUGACUGUCCUGGGUUCCAUCAACCCUGUGUACAAUGAGACCUUUGGCUUCAAGGCUGAUGCCACUGAGCAGGACCCGGCCAGCCUCAGUCUGACAGUGCUUCAGGGCACUGAAGGAGACAUUAACCCCUACUCCUGAGGCAGGGAGCUGGAACACUGGAAUGAGAUGCUCAACAAACCCAAGGAACUGGUGAAGCUCUGGCAUGCGCUCUGCAGCCCCUCUGAGCCCUGGCGCAAGUUUGCAGACUUGAUGCCAUUGUUACUGUAG